GCAUUUCUCUCCCCAUAACCUGGAAACGAAGCUGGAGGAGUAAAUAACAGCGGCUGUAUUUACACCGAGGAGGCUGCGGGGAGGCAGGUGGGAUCGAGCAGCCCGGCAGGACGGAGCCUCGGACGGGACGCCUCCAGCCCCGACUGACCUGGAUGUGGAUCCGAAAGGCCGAAUCUGGCUUCAUUUGACAGAUAGAGGCAGGGGAUGGUGGCGGCGGCUGCAGCCGCACCGGCGAUCGCAACAACAACCUCCUCCUUGAAACCGAACAGCUCUCCUGUUGGCCUGGAAAAUGAAGGGACGCUCAGCUGGAUUCGGGAGCGGCUGAAUUCGGCUGCGCUCCGCUGUGCAGGACGGAAAACAGCGGAAAACAAUGUUGUUAGCCAGUUAGCUAACGUUAGCCCAGCUAGCUGCUAGUUCACCCCCGUCAAGUUAGUGGGCUGAGUUAGCCUCCCUCAAUAACUAACUCAGCCCACUAAUUUAAAUACACACACACGCACGACAGCCUGGUUAGUUCGCUGUGCUCGGAGAGAGUCGCCGGGCGGCAGGGUUUAGCCGGUGACACGCCUCUUGAUUUUCGGAGUUUUCCCCCAGCUUUUCUUGCUAGCUUGGCUAACCAGCUGUGGUGUCACUGCAAUCUGCUGCUGGCUGCACGAGUCUGAGCCGCUCUCCUCCGGGGCUGGCCGGCGGACCACCACCAUGGCUCAAGAAGCGUUUCCUCUGCAUUUUCUGGUGUGGAACAAUCAGUAUCUGGAGCUCGACCGGGAGCUGCAGAAGAAAGAGCAGGAUGUGGAGAGGCUGGAUCCGAGGGGGCGCACCCCGCUGGAGCUGGCCGUGUGUCUGGGCCACCUGGAGUCCACCCGGGUGCUGCUGAGGCACGGCGGAGACCCGACACACUGCAACGCACAGGGCUGGACCAUCUUGCAGGAGGCGGUGAGCACAGGAGACCCCGAGCUGGUCCAGCUGGUGCUUCAGUACAGAGACUUCAAGCGUGCCACAGAGAGACUGGCAGGCAUCCCUGAGCUGCUCAGCAAACUGAGACAGGCACGAGACUUUUAUGUGGAGAUGAAGUGGGAGUUCACCAGCUGGGUGCCCCUGGUGUCCAAGGUGUGCCCCAGUGACGUCUACCGGGUGUGGAAGAGCGGCUCGUGCCUCCGCGUGGACACCACUCUCCUGGGCUUCGAACACAUGACUUGGCUUAAAGGGCGACGCAGCUAUAUUUUCAAGGGCGGAGACGACGGGGCGGUGGUCAUGGAGGUGGACCACGAGAAGCAGGUGGUUUACACGGAGCCGCUCGUGCUGUCGCCCCGUGAUGCGCCCUCCCUGCUGGCAGCAAUGCAGCCGUCGCAGGAGAACACGGCCCAGAGACUCACCUCGCCCAUCGUCUCCACCCACCUCAACACACGCAACAUUGCCUUUGAGCGGAACAAGUCGGGAAUCUGGGGCUGGCGCUCGGAGAAGAGCGAGGUCGUCAGCGGGUAUGAAGCCAAGGUUUACAGUGCUACCAACGUGGAGCUGGUGACUCGCUCGAGGACCGAGCAUCUGUCAGACCAGGACAAGUCAAGAAGCAAAGGCUCGAAGACUCCUCUGCAGUCUUUCCUGGGGAUUGCUGAGCAGCACACAGCUCACAAUGGGAGCAACGUGUCCCAGUGCGCCAGUCCUCACAACCCCACAGCCAUCACUGCUGAGGAGUACUUCAACCCGGAGUUCAACCUGAACGGCCGCGACAUCGGCCGUCCCGUCGAGCUCACCAGCAAAGUCCAGAGGUUUAAAGCGACGCUGUGGCUGAGUGAAAGCCACCCUCUCUCCCUGGCUGAGCAGGUGACGCCCAUCAUCGACCUGAUGGCCAUCUCCAACGCGCACUUUGCCAAGCUGCGGGACUUCAUCACCCUGCGCCUGCCCCCGGGCUUUCCUGUCAAGAUAGAAAUUCCUCUGUUUCAUGUGCUGAACGCCAGAGUGACGUUCAGUAACUUGUGCGGCUGCGACGAGCCGGUCAGCUCUGUGACGGUUCACAAACCCGAGAGCCCGGACGAAGCCGGUCAAUCUCCUCCUCCCUUCCACUGCGAGGUGGACCCGUCGGUGUUCGAGCCUCCUCCGGACUACACCACGCUCGGCCCCGGCCGCAGUGAGCCGAUGAGGGACGAGGACGACAACCUGCUGCAGUUCGCCAUCCAGCAGAGUCUGUUGGACGCAGGCACAGAGAGCGACCAGGUGACCAUCUGGGAGGCUCUGACAAACAGCCGCCCGGUGCCUCAGUCGCCACUGUACGAGGAAGACUCUCAGCUGGAGAGGGCGAUCCAGGAGUCUCUGUCCAUCUCGCUGGCCAGCAGAGAGGGAGAAGACAUGGCCGACCCCAGCCAGCCGUCCUCCGUCUCGCCGCUGGAUCCCACCGCCAACUCGCCGCUUUCCUACAACGCAGUGACCGACCCGCGGUUGUCCGGACAUUUUGGUGUGGCGACCAGCUUUGACGAACAGCUGCGCAUUGCGAUGGAGCUCUCCUGUCGGGAGCAGGAGGAGAUGGACAGGAAGCAGAAGGAGGAAGAGGAGGAGCUGGAGAGGAUCCUGCAGCUGUCACUCACCGAGAAGUAAUGUACCACCCACACGAGCAGCGGAGGCGGGUCUCCAUCGGGGAACAAUCAUCUUAAUUUAUUCAGUUUUAUUUUUUAAAAAUCCUGAGAUGUUAAGUUAUUACAGAUGUUUUAUUUGACUUUCUUGCACGGAGGCUGCUACGACGGAGUGUAAAGAGCCAGGAGAGAAACAGCGGAGAGAGGUACGAACGUACAGGAGGACAAAAGGGAGACAGAGAGUCUUUGUGUUUCUUUUUUAUUGAAUAUUUUUCAGUCUUGCUGUCUUUAAUAAGUAAUGAAUGAUCCUUAAACUUUAAACCUAUAACAUGAACCAUAAUAAUUAUUAAGCAUAAGAAAAAAAAACAAUCUUAAUGAUAUCUUAUUAAAA